GCUCAUUACACUUGAUUAUUAAGGGAACGUCGAACAUUGCACGUCCGACGUGCCCGUCGAAGUGGUGUUGUUUAUUUGUUGUGAUGUGUCUGGCCUCCGCGGAGAAAACUUGAACCCACGGUGCAAGCAUGAACGGAAAGGCUAGGUUACGCCCUCGGCCUAGGCGGCGGGACGAUCUGCUAGAAAAGAAACAGGACUUGCUGCUUGCGUGGAGCGACGAAGUGUGCAAUAGCGAGGAGGUGCCCGAGGUAGAAAUCGUUAGUCUUCUCCAAGAGCAUAUACCGAAGUAUCGCCUUCGAGCCGACAGUCUCACACAAUUUGGAGGCUACGAGAACCAGGACUGGUUCAUCCCAUCGCCGGCGUUGCCAGUCAGUGACAACGACCUAGCACUCACUCCCGAUCAAAUCAGGGAGACGCUUAAUUAUUUCCUUCUAUGCAGCAACAGGGUGAGCCAAAUGACAAAAACCUACAAUGAUAUCGAAGCAGUAACACGGCUCUUGGAAGAAAAAGAGAAAGAUUUAGAGUUGACGGCCCGCAUCGGGAAGGAGUUGCUGGCCACAAAUGGCGUAUUAGAAGCGAAGGUCAACUCUCUCGAAGGAGAGCUGCGGAGCGCCAGAGACCACAUCACACAGCUGAGGCACGACCUCAAUGCAAAGACUGAUUUACUGCAGAUUUUAACCAAUGAUACAGAGGAGGGCUCGACCCCGUCUGAGCAGGAAGCGGCUCAGGAGGCGGCGCUGCGCAAGCGCACAGGCGCGCUGGAGCGGGAAAACCGCGCUCUGCGCGACGAGGCCGCGCGGCUCGCCGCCGGCGCCGACCAGUGCGAGCUGGCCGAGCGGCAGCUGCUGCGGGAUAUCGCGCAUCAACUCGCAAGUGCGAACUCGGAGGCUGGUGUGCUGGGCUCGGAGUUGACGGAGGAGCGACAGCGCGCUGCGGAAUUGCAACAGCAGUAUGACUCCGUCAUCGCGAGGCUCGCUGCUACGGAGAAAAAUCUACAUCAGAUAACUGUGGAACACCAGCAGACGUUGCGGAUAUUAGAAAUAACUAAAGAUAACCAAAAUGCAUUGGCGGCGGAGUUGGCGGAUACGAAGGAGCGGUACAUGGAGGUGGCCGCUCAUCUCGCCGAAGCUCAAGAGCAGCUCCGUCAGCUUCGCAAACGAACCGAGCCGACGCGCGGCCUCAUGCCCAGCGUGGCGGCCGCGGCCGGCCUCCUCCCUGCCAGUUUACACCGAGAGAUGCACUCCUCCAUCUACUCCGAGCUUAGCAUGGACUCUGGCAUCGGCAUCGGCAGCGACCCGCUGCAACAAUCGAGCAUGGCGAAAGUGUUCGAGACGGUGCAGUGCGCGUCACGGUGGUCUGGCGCGUCGGGUGCGUCCGGCGCGUCGAUAGCCGGGUCCGACCAGCCUGACGCGCCGCUACCGCGGUCGUCCUACCUCCUCCCCAAGCCCAAGCUGUCCAGCGACUCGUUCUUCGAAGACUCGGACACGGACUCGGAUGAUCUCUACCCUGGCGGCACCGGUGAAGGCGUGCCGGGAGCGCCGGGCGCAGCGGAGCUGGCGGAUGCGCUGCGAAGGCUCACACCGCAGGAGAUCAACUCGCGACGAGCAUCCUUGACAGCCUCGCACGUGCUUAGGCAUCGGCGUAGCACAGAGCGUGACCUAAGCGAAGAAAGCGCAGUAUGGGGUGCAGGCGCGGCGGGUGGUUUAGCACGUUUCCGGGCUCCACACAAGCUGCAGAUCGUCAAGCCCAUGGAGGGCUCGCUCACGCUGCACACGUGGGCGCAGCUCGCCAAGCCGACCAUGUCAGGGUUAUUAGAGGAGCAGGAGGGUGUCGGAGUCCGCGGCUCCCGCUCGACGCAAGCCCUAGGGCUGCGGCUGUACCGGCUGUCCGACGUGGAGGAGGAUGACGACAUGCCGCGCCUGCCGCACUCCAGUCAUGUCUAUACCUUUACUAACAGUAUGGUGAUGCACCCGAACGACGGCAGCCUGGUGAGCAGCACGCGCGGCAGCAGCGUGAGCUCGGGCAUGAGCAGCCUGAGCUCGUCCGUACUCGGCAGCGCGUGGAGCUCGCGCCUCACGUCGCGGCGCUCGUCGGCCGCCGUGUCGCCGGUGCUGUCGCGGCGCGACUCCUUCUGCGAGCGUGUCGUCGAGCGACGGUUUACACCUACGGCCACGCCGGCUAAUAGUCCGCUGCUCGGCUCGCCGGAUUCUUCGCCGCCUGCUACGCCAAGGCGCGGCGACGCCCCGCCGUCGCUGCACGCGCUGAUCGCGUCGGGCACGUCGAUCCUGCGGCGGCGCUACCUGGCGUCGCCCGCCGCCGACGGCUCGCCCGCGCCGCUCGCGCUGCAGACGCCCGGCUCGCUGUACACGGGCCUGGUGCACCGCAGCCCCAUGGAGCAGCUCACCUGCCUCAAGCGCACGCUGCGCUCCCCCGCCGCGGCCGAGCGUCGCGACUCGGCGCUGGGCGUGCUGGGCGUGCCCGCGCACCCCGGCGAGGGCGCGCUGGACGUGCCCGGCGGCGGCGGCGGCGGCGGCGGCGCGCCCGGCGGCAGGCGGACGCGCCCGAGAGCGCCCCGCCCGAGGACGGACCUGGGCACGGCCCCGAAACCUCCGCCGCAGGAGAGAAACUCCUCCCCGCUCGGCACGCUCAGCUCGUUCCUGUUCGGCAGGAAAGGCGGUCUUCUAUAAUUCUCGCGAUGAUCGCGUUUUGUUCCUUCGGUCUGUAAAUCUACAAACCCCGACGUACGGAAUGUCGAACGAGAUGGAAUUAAACGGUUGACGAUUGUAACGCACCAUUUAAUUUAAUUUUGAGAUUGCCUCUACGAAAUCUUAACUCCGUACGAUUAUGAUAGGGUCGUCUGUGCUUUUGUUUCGUAUCGCUCCGAUUGCGACCGUGCUCUUUUUUAGCUGAUUUAAUCUGAAUCAUCUGUGAACGUAAUGUUCGCCUUGAUAGAUAAUGUUUUACGUUUUGAUAUCCUAUUAUGUUAUUUGUGUAUAGUCGUUUUACCUUUGACGUGUAUUUUUUGUAGCGAAUUAUUUAACUGUAGUGAGCAGCUUUGUGCAUUUAUAAAAAGUUUUGUUUUGGGGUUUGACGAACUUGAGAUCUUUUUUUUGUCUGAAUUGAGUUUGAUUGGCGGCAUUUUUCUGUCUCUCUUCCUCUCUUUAUAAAACAUUCCUAUAAAAGAGCUCAAGUGUUUAUUACGCUUUGUGUUAAAAAGAGAGAAAUGUCAUGAGGACCAGGCGUGCACUUAAAUAAUUUCAUUAACAAAAUAACGAAUAAUAAAUGUAUUAAAGGGUUAAUAUCAUAGUGCAGCUAUUUAGACAGCUGAACUAGAUAGCAAGCGCCUGCACGGCGGCGACUUGACUGUCAAACAUAUCCUAUUGAUGUCCUAGUUAACGGAAAAUGUAAACAGCCGGACAGCGUCAACUAGUUUAGCUGUGUUAAUGGGUACACGAUAAUAUCUUCAACUACAUACGAGUACGUAUUUGUAGUUCUUUUGUUAAUGAUGUGUAGAUGAUUGUAUACCAAGAUAAUAAUAAUUAAGCGUAAAAUUAAAUUAAACGAUGAAAGUAUAUUUGGGGAGUUAACGGAUAACUCUAUUCAUUGUAGUUCUUUCUUUGUUAACGACCCCGCCACGAACAGUGUAUUAUUUUAUUUUGGUUGUGUUAUUUAUUGAUUAGUAAUCUGAGACUUAACUCUAGAAUUUACGUAGACGCUUUGUCAAGAAGUAGUUAUUGAAGUGGUCGUAUUACGAUAAGAGUUAUCGCGCUUAUCCUUAUAAUUUCUGUAAUUGAUAAAUCAUAAUGUAUCAUUGUAAAUAUGUAAUCAAACUUCCAUUUAAGUAGGAGAGUACAAAUUUAUUUAUGUUUUGUAAAUCAAAACCUAGUAAUAUGUAUCAUAGAAUCAGUCAUACUUUGAGGCUCAUUAUAGCAAUGGCCACCCAUUUGUACCUUUCAGAGUUUCACUGCAGAUCCUUUGGUUGAUUGUAAAUAUGUAUGUUUAAUUUAUUUCCUCAGUGAUGACGAGCUGACGGCCACGUCAAUUCAUUUAGUUGCUUUAAUUAAAGUUAAUUAGUGGGUAAACAUUUGUUACUACUAACUUAGGGUCUGAGUAAAAUAAUGGUGCAUGCCAUAGUGUAAGUAGUAUCGAAUUCAUAAUAGUGGAGGUGAAUCAGCAAACACAAGAGUGAAUGUAAAUCAGUUACAGAACUUAAAUAGCUGUCUUCGUUUGCCGUCGUUUAGUUAAAUGAAUAAUCAGUGAUUAACUUUAGGUUCUGAAAUUGGUGCUAUAUAGUUUUUAAUGUUAUUAUUGAUUUGUUUAUUUUUAAAUCAAUGUGAUGUGUCGUUAAUUUACAGAAUUAUUAAUAAUUUCUAACCAGAUUGGUAUUGUGUUGUUUUCUGUAGCGCGUCUAUUGAUUUUUGAUUUGGCGUCGUGUCGGUAUGUGUACUUGAACCAUUUGUGAAGUAGUCAGGUGAGGCUGUGAGGCGAGCGAGUGCGAGACGAUUCCGAUCGAUUCCCGAGUGAGAGAGUACCCAAGCCUUAGGCACAAAUAAACUGUAGAAUAAGGGCAAUUUGUUGAGAUUUGACAUCUAAAAUUAUAAUUAUUGUAUUUUAAUUACAGGAAUAUAAUUUAUUCGAAGAUAA